UUGACCUGCUGGCCAUGUUCUUUUUCAUGCACUCCAGGAUACCAUUGACUUUCAUGGCUACAAGACACACUGAUGGCCAACCUACUGUCCACUAGAAGACUCAGGUCCUUCUCUGGAGAGCUCCUUUCCAGUAGGUUGUUUCCCAGUCUGUACUGAUGCAUGCAGUUAUUCUUCUUCAGGUGUAGGGCACUGCAUUUGCUCUUGUUGAAUCUCAUCAGGUUCCUGUCUGCUCGGCUUACCACUACAUGGGAUUUAGUGCCUUGACAUUCACAGAUACAGAUGUUUUUUUCCCAGAGUGCAUGGAAGCCAGCAACAUUUCUCUAGCAACAAUUAAAAAAAAAUAAAAUAAAGAAAAGGAAGAAGAAAAAUCAACAAGCUGAAAAGCAGAGAUACUGGAAUGACUUAAUACCCCUAGGCUUGCACAUCAUGCUUAGACACAAAAGAUCCAGCUUAAACAACCUCAGCUAUUGUCCAUCAGCUAAACCCUAAUUUUCUUCUCCAAGGAACAUGAAAAGAAAUGACUGUAUAGCAGAAGGUGUGGCUUACUUUGUGGAUGGUUAAAUACAUUUAUAGCUCAAUUAGACUAGUUUUUCCAGUAGAAUUGAAUCUGAGUCUGGGAUUGGUAUAUGGCAAGGCACCAGGAGGUGUAGCGUUAAAUCCUGUGGUGAAAACUGGCAGCAGCUUUGUGACCGGGUGACAAGAAUCCACGAAAGAUGAAGCUCUUUCUGCCUCUUCUGUUGGUUGCCAUUGCUGGCAUGGAGUUUGCCCAAACCUUGAAGUGUUACACCUGCCUUGAACCUACAGUAUCUGAGAAGUGCAUGAAGAUCCAGAAGUGUGGUAAGAAUGAAACCAUGUGCAAGACAACCAUGUAUUCCUUGGAGGAAGUUUAUCCUUUUGUGGGAGUCUCAACCGUCACCAAGAUGUGCUCUUCGGUCUGCAUCCCAUCUGAUGUGGAUGGGAUUGGCAUGACGCGCCCUGUCUCCUGCUGUUACUCCAACUUGUGCAACAUCGAUAAUGCGGCCAGUUUGAAAGUCAGCUUUGUGCCAGCUGGGAUGUUAGCAAGUGUUGUUUGUGGUCUCUUCUUCUCUAGACUGUGAGGAGCUGAGGAGGGCAUGUUUCUGCCAAAGAACCCAACAGAGAAGAGAAUGAAACCCUGCGAGCCCAGCUUUCCAUUUGGAUGCCUUAUGGGCUACCUUCAAUGUCUUCCACAAAUGAUAUUUCUAGUUCCCAACCUCCUUCCAUAGUCAGGAGGGAAGGAAAAAAUCAGGAAUUCUCAACAAAAUUUUUGUGGUUGAUUCUCCAACAUUUCCCACAGAAAUAACUUUCUUUCCUUUGCUGGUCUGGUUGAUUUUGAAGUAAAAUAUAUGGUUUUUAUAGUAUAUUUACAGCAAAAGACACAGAGUUAAGAGCAUUCUCUUCCCCACAUGUUCAUCAGCAGAAUAGCUGAACUGACCAAUCUUCUCAUAUGAAAUUCACUUUUAUGUAGCAUAUCCUCUCCAGUCCACAUUUUUUGUGCCGGCCUUUGUGCUGCCUAGAUUUCCUUCUUAGUGCAUAAGAAGUUAGAGAGACAUUUCUAUGCUUCCAGAAUAUGAGAUAGGAGAUUGGUGACCUGAUCCAUGAGAGCUGAAAUACCUUUUGUUUUCUGUACCCUUUUGUGCAAAAUAAAAACAAUGUUGUG